GUUCAAUCAAUCUGAUUUUAGAAUUUCAUCUAUCACAAAUCACAUUUGUAGCUGUAUGUUACCAAUAGAGUGAUAAACACUUCUGUUAGAAACUGAAAAAAAUAUUGUACAAUAUUGCUGUUCAAUUAUUCUAUAUUGAUUAUUGUUUAUUUAAUCAUAUGCAUAUCAUAAUGAUAACCAAAGAACAUUAUAAGUAGUAUCAUUAUUCAUCACUAAAAUAUUGAACAUAUAAUAAAGACAAUCAAAAGAUGAGAAUCAUUGUGGAUAGUAGUUUAAUUAUAUUAACAGUUUUACAAUUUAUCUCAUAUGCAUUCGCUAUCAAAUGUCGUGUUUGUUUACCAUGUGAAGAAAAAUACAAAAAAAUAUUCCAAAUUACAAAAGAUGAAAUUUUACACAACUGUGGAGUUUGUAUUACAGCUUAUUCAACUUUUCAAGGUUAUCAAAUGGAAGGUCGAGGUUGUUUACUUCAAUGUCCACCUAAACAUUCUAUCAGCGAGCUUACUCCAGGACUUGUUAACAAAUAUGACUGUUGUUAUUAUGAUUUAUGCAAUAGAACAAACAAAUUAUUUGUACAAUACAAAUUAUUAAUGAUUGUUUCAUGUUUAGUCCAUUCAUUAUUUAUUGUGGUGAAUAGAUAUAUUCUUAUCAUACAGCUUAUUCAACUUUUCAAGGUUAUCAAAUGGAAGGUCGAGGUUGUUCACUUCAAUGUCCAUCUAAACAUGCUAUCAGCGAGCUUACUCCAGGACUUGUUAACAAAUAUGACUGUUGUUAUUAUGAUUUAUGCAAUAGAACAAACAAAUUAUUUGUAUAAUACAAAUUAUUAA